CCCGGGCUCUGCUCGGGGUGGCCCUGGACACCCAGGACCCUCUGCCAGCCCGCCUGGCACAGCUCUCAGCGGGAACGGGAGGUUUGGCUCCCGGCGUCCCGACGGAGCCGCGCUGAGAGAGCACGCUGCCGCCUCAGAAAGUUGGAGGAGGAGGAGGAAGAACAGGAGGAGGAGGAGGAGGUCUGCACAGCGAUGUAGACCGGAGCGUGGGACGGCAGAGCUCGUGGAAGGCGGAUCAGCUCCUCGUCGCCCAGAUUCCCGGAGCAUGGGCUAAAAGCUAUGUCCCUCUCCCGUGUGGAAAACCACUGUUUCCUGCUGUUUGUGUGCGUCUUCCAGGCGGUGUUUAUCCUCAUCCUCUACCGAGGUGGACCUUCGAACGUGUUCCGCGGGUUUUUGGACUCGCCGCAGGUUGUGGAUUACUCGAAGCCCCACGAUGUGUACACAAACCUCAGCUUGUUCACCCGGGCUCCCAAUGAGGACACUAUGCCCCUCUGCUCGGCGCGGUCGCCGGUCCUUGUUGGUCCAUUAACCAUCACCUUCAGGAUGCUCCCCAGUGAAAGGAUGAUCAUCAAAAAAAAUCCUUUCGUUCAGUCUGGUGGCCACUACAGGCCACCUCACUGCUUCGCCCGCUACAAAUCUGCCAUCCUUGUGGCCUACAGGAACCAAGAGAAGUACCUCCACCAUCUUCUCUACUACAUUCAUCCCUUCUUGCAGCGCCAGCAGCUCAGUUACACUAUCUACUUGAUUCAGCAGGUGGGGAGUGGUUCAUUUAACCGAGCAAAGCUGCUUAAUGUUGGUGUCCGGGAAGCCAUGAAGGAUGAAGACUGGGACUGCCUUGUCCUGCAUGAUGUUGACCUAGUACCUGAGAAUGACUAUAACCUCUACAUUUGUGAUGAAUACUAUCCCAAGCAUAUGGCAAGUGCCAUGGAUAAGUUUCAGUACAUUCUGCCUUACAAGACCUUUUUUGGGGGUGUAUCUGCUCUGACUCCAGAUCAUUACAUGAAGAUGAAUGGGUUUCCAAAUACAUACUGGGGUGAUGGUGGUGAAGAUGACGACAUUGCUACAAGGAUUCGGUUAGCAGGAAUGAAAAUAGUCCGGACACCACCUCACCUUGGACGCUACAAAGUGAUGAACUACGAUGAAGAGACAGAGAUGCAAGAGCCUUGGAGAAGGCCUACUUCUCAACACAACACCAGGAAAACAUGGAAAGCUGAUGGAAUGAAUUCAUUACAGUUCAGGCUCCUUUCCAGGAUAAAGCAUCCUCUUUAUACCAAGAUCACUGUGGACAUUGGAUAUGUUCCCCCAUUUUCUUAAGAGACUGAAAACAAAAGCAGAGGUUGGGUGCAGCCUGGGCACUCAGCUGCUACCUCCCCUUGUCCUGUGGAGUCUGCACCACCUGAGACUAAUCCUUUUGCCUUUCAUGCAUUUCACUUUUCUUCAAACAGUUUAAGAUUUAGAAGGACAGGCUUCAGGAAUAGGAGAUGACAGCUAAUAAACAGGCUGUGGUUUACUGUAAAAAUUGUCCAUGUCACUGUAAAACUAACUACUGAGCCAAGUCUCCUUGACAGUAAGCUGAUCCAAGCUUUCUGGAACCUUUGUUCCAUAACUGGAUAGCUCUGUCCUGCUUUGUACUUAAGUGUUAAUUAGGAUGCAAACCAUUCUGUCAGAAUGGCCUCUGAAGUGUUAUAUUUUGAGAAAGUGUUGAAGCCAGUCAUAGUUCUGUAAAUAUCUUUUGUGAAUUUGAGUAAAAUAAAUUUGAGUUCUGUGUUUGGCUUAA